AUGUUCUCACGGUUCAGUUCGCCACCUGCCUGCCAGGGGAAACCCAGGCUGGUCGAUGAGCCGCCAACACCUGCGCCUCUGCGCCGCCUUCGGACACCUCGACCAGAGCCGAAGGAGAAGAAGGCGGCGUCCACCACCGCUGGCAGUGAAGAGGCCGCUGCUGAUAAACCAGUGCUUCAGGCAGUGCAUUUUGGUCCAAGACCAAGAAUUGUGCAUUUUGACUUGCCUGGAGUCGAAGAUGAAGAGGAGGAAGUCUCUGGCUCUUACUACCCGCCCGGAGUUCCGGUUCCACCCAGUCGUCUGCAGAUCUUUGCCAACAGACCACGCAGACGGAAGAUUAUCCGGGAGUCACCGUCGCAGGAAGUGCAGACUGCGAUGGCACAGCUCAGAGCUGAGAUACAAGCCAUGAUGUUCUCGCGGUUCAGUUCGCCACCUGCCAGCCAGGGGAAACCCAGGCUGGUCGAUGAGCCGCCAACACCUGCGCCUCUGCGCCGCCUUCGGCCACCUCGACCAGAGCCGAACGAGAAGAAGGCGGCGUCCACCACCGCUGGCAGUGAAGAGGCCGCUGCUGAUAAACCAGUGCUUCAGGCAGUGCAUUUUGGUCCAAGACCAAGAAUUGUGCAUUUUGACUUGCCUGGAGUCGAAGAUGAAGAGGAGGAAGUCUCUGGCUCUUACUACCCGCCCGGAGUUCCGGUUCCACCCAGUCGUCUGCAGAUCUUUGCCAACAGACCACGCAGACGGAAGAUUAUCCGGGAGUCACCGUCGCAGGAAGUGCAGAUUGCGAUGGCACAGCUCAGAGCUGAGAUACAAGCAAUGAUGUUCUCGCGGUUCAGUUCGCCACCUGCCAGCCGGGUCGAUGAGCAGUCCACACCUGCGCCUCUGCGCCGCCUUCGGCCACCUCGACCAGCGCCGAACGAGAAGAAGGUGGAGUCCACCACCGCUGACAGCGGAGAGGCCGCUGCUGAUAAACCAGUGCUUCAGGCAGUGCAUUUUGGUCCAAGACCAAGAAUUGUGCAUUUUGACUUGCCUGGAGUCGAAGAUGAAGAGGAGGAAGUCUCUGGCUCUUACUACCCGCCCGGAGUUCCGGUUCCACCCAGUCGUCUUCAGAUCUUUGCCAGCAGACCACGCAGACGGAAGAUUAUCCGGGAGCCACCGCCCCAGGAAUUGCAGACUGCCAUGGCGCAGCUCAGAGCUGAGAUACAAGCAAUGAUGUUCUCGCGGUUCAGUUCGUCACCUGCCAGCCAGGGGAAACCCAGGCUGGUCGAUGAGCCGCCAACACCUGCGCCUCUGCGCCGCCUUCGGCCACCUCGACCAGAGCCGAACGAGAAGAAGGCGGAGUCCACCACCGCUGACAGCGAAGAGGCCGCUGCUGAUAAACCAGUGCUUCAGGCAGUGCAUUUUGGUCCAAGACCAAGAAUUGUGCAUUUUGACUUGCCUGAUGGCGAAGAUGAAGAGGAGGAAGUCUCUGGCUCUUACUACCCGCCCGGAGUUCCGGUUCCACCCAGUUGUCUGCAGAUCUUUGCCAACAGACCACGCAGACGGAAGAUUAUCCGGGAGGCACCGUCGCAGGAAGUGCAGAUUGCGAUGGCACAGCUCAGAGCUGAGAUACAAGCAAUGGAGAACCCGCCACCCACAUCGUGGAUUGGGCGUUUAAUGGAGAGUCUACGCGACAUGUAUCGGAACAGGAGAGAUUACCGGCGAAACCAUGGUAUGGCAGAGAGACCAGGGUUCGUCAGGCGAAUGAAGAGAGGGCUCGCUCGUGUUCGUGAGGCAAUGAAAAGAUUUCUGCUUCUGAAGAAGAAUACGGACGAGAGACAGCUGCCGACAGUCAUAGAUUCAACUCUUUGUGAUUAUAUUCUUCAUUGUGAACACCCUGACCCUAAUUACCCGCCGAUUAUUCCGUUAACACCACAGCUGCUUGAAACCUCGCUGUGA